GGGAACUCUAGCUUUGUUAUUGUGCUGAGUACGUUUGAUGCACGAUGUUUUUUCCAAAGUGGGACAUCGUCUAUUCUGCUGUGCUAGCAGGGGAUCUCCUUCUAUUCAUAAGUGGAACAGCAAUAACAUGGUCGUCACCAGUUAUAGAAAAACUGACGAACAGCACAUCUUCACCGUUUGACCAUGAACUUUCAUCGGAAGAAUCUAGCUGGGUAUCCUCGAUACUAACACUAGGUGCAGCAGUCAGUCCCUUCAUCUACGGCUACUUCUUAGACAAAUUUGGACCCAAACGCGUCAUUUUGUCCAUAGGUGUACCUUUUCUAGUCUCAUACGUGAUACUAGCCUGCGCGAAAACUACAACUUUAUUUUAUUUGGCUAGGUUCUUAGCCGGUUUAGCAGUUGGUGGGACUUUUGCCACUGUGCCAGUAUAUAUAGGGGAGAUUACUCCAAAGUCCAACAGAGGAGCCUUACUUUCCACAAUGAGUUGCGCUGUAUCCUUGGGCUUCCUGUUUCCUUACUGUCUAGGACCUUACGUUGACAUUAUAAUCCUCAAUUUGGUACUAGCUGUUUUUCCUGUUAUAUUCCUGGUACUUUUCUUUCUAUUUGGAGUGGAAUGCCCUCACUAUUACCUCCACAAACAACACAAUGAAAUGGCUAGGAUGGCUUUAAAGAGGAUUAGAACAGGACAGAAAGAUGAGUCUAUAGAGAAAGAAUUGGUAGAGAUACAAACAAAAAUCGAAGAAGAAGGACGUGGUGGUUUUCUGGACAUGUUCGGAUCUAAAGGUGCUACAAAGGCAUUCAUCAUAGCUGUUGGUUUGUUGAUUUUCCAACAAUUUUCCGGAAUCAACGCUGUCCUGUUCUACAGUCAAACAAUCUUCAAGGAAGUAGGUACCACCUUAGACCCUGACAUUUGUUCAAUAAUAGUAGGAGCUGUACAGUUCCUCAGCAGUCUUGUAACUCCUCUGGUAAUUGACAGAUAUGGUAGGAAGAAAAUCCUAAUUUGUUCUGCGGUAGGCAUGGCUUUGUCAGAAGUGCCCUUAGGCGUAUACAGCUUCCUAAACGACCGUCAGAUCAACGUGCAAAGUGUGUCCUUUCUUCCUAUCUUGAUGAUGACUUUGUUCAUCGUUUCCUACAACAGUGGAUUUGGACCUGUUCCCUGGAUAAUGCUAGGGGAGAUUUUUCCAACAAAAGUAAAAACUAUUUCUACUUGUACGGUGUCUAGUGUUAAUUGGCUGCUGGCUUUUUUCAUCACUAAAUAUUUCAAAGCAGUCAUAGACGCUCUUGGAAUAGGAGAAUUGUUUUGGGUAUUCGCAGUGUGCUGUGUUGGUUCCAUAAUUUUUACCCAGCUUCGUGUUGUGGAGACCAAGGGGAAGAGUUUGGAGGAAAUUCAGAACAUUCUUAGUGAAUAAGGAGAAAGCUUAGUUUUUCAAAUUGACUUUUUUUAAUAAACUGACACUGUCUUCUGACUGUUGCUAUUGUGGGCACCAUAUUUAUUCCUGUUUUUAAUAAUUAAAUAAAAUA